GAUGAGGGUGCGGAGGGUGCUGAAGGCUGUGUUCACACUGUGGGUUCGGUCCCUCUCCCGGGCAUUGGCAGCUUGCCUCUGCUUGCUCAGCCCGCUCAGCCGAGGGCUCUUCCGCUUGCGUUUCCCUUGGGCUCCGGUGGAAGUCAAGGAUUUUCCGGAGCUGCUCUCGCUGCUGCCGCUCUCCAGUUCCUCCAGGUCGGAUGCAGCACCCCCGCUCGACUUCAUGGUGAGCCCAGCAGCCCCUCGGCCCCAUCACUUUUAUGCACAGCAGCUGCCACAUUGCUCCUGUUAGCAUCAGCCGCUGCUCUCCCAACUCCCCUCCAGCAGCAGGGUCAUUUUUUGAAUGGUUGCUCCUUUUAGAUCUAGCAUAUGGUUGCUCUGUAAAUAAGGCGAAGGAGGUGGAGCUGCCACCUCAAAGUAGCUGCACAGCUACGCCGGAGCUGUGCACCUGUUUCCCCCUUGUCAUGUAAAAAUGUGCAAGCUCUCCGGGAAGCUGCAGUGAGCAUGUGCAGUGGGGAAAUGGAAGCCCUUUCCCCAACCUUUGCCCUCAAUUUCAGUAAGUGCUUUAUCCUCCCUUCAGGUGCUUGAGCAGGAUAGAAAGAGCCCCCCUUGCCUCCCAGAAGCUGCUCCAGUAUCUUGCUUCCCAAUAUUAAGAGAACAGCCACUUGCUAGACAUGGAGAAUCAAGGUUUUCCUUUCAGACACCAUUUUUACAAUUCACAGGGACUACAUAUUUAAAAUGUUGAAAUACUGUACAUAGGAAGCUGCAUUAUACUGAAUCAGACUAUACUGAGUCCAUAUAGCUUGGUACAGUGGUACUUCGGGUUACAAACACUUCGGGUUACAGACUCCGCUAACCCGGAAGCAGUACCUCAGGUUAAGAACUUUACCUCAGGAUGAGAACAGAAAUCGCGCAGCGGCAGGUGGAGGCCCCAUUAGCUAAAGCCUAUAGUGGCUGACAGGGCCUUUCUCCAGGGUUUCAAGAAGGAAUUAUUCCCAGCUGUACUCUGAGGACACCAGGAAUUGAACCUGGGACUUUUUGCAUGGGAAGCAGAUGCUCUACCACUAAGCUACAGUUCUUCCCUGGUUUCUACUGUUAAGAAAGACAUGCAUUUCUGGGACACAUUUUUAAAAGUGUAGGUGUUACUCUCACAUGCAGGUACAUUCAUGCCUCCCCAAAAUUCAUAUACCUGCUUCCAUCCAUUUCCACACACAAAUACUCUGUGUAUCUACCUUCUUUUCAACAGGCUUUUGAAGGAAUAGCUUUAAUAUAAUAAUUCACAGAUUAGCCUUUUUGUAAUACUUUGCAAAGCACUCAUAGUACUACUAUUAUGUUGACUUAAACUGAUGGGCAUCUUACCUCAGUCAUACAGUUUGCAUGACUGAGGUUUUAACAUAUCAUUGCUAUCUAUCUAUCUAUCAUCUAUCUAUCUAUCUAUCUAUCUAUCUAUCAUCUAUCAUCUAUCAUCUCACAAGAAAAAUAUAUAAAAGUUAAAUGGAACGGAGAGAAUUUUUGAUGAAUAGUUUUAAUGUAAUUAACUGGUGCAUUUGGAAUUAACUUAGCACUGUCUAUUGAUUUUUCCAUACCUAAAAUAGGGCUGCCAUAUGUCCAGAAUUUCCCGGACAUUCAAAGGCAGAAUUGACAUCUGGAGAGAAUUUCCGAAAGGUGGUGCUUUGUUCCAGAUCUUAUACAAGUCAGUCAACAGAGCAUUAAGCAUAUGCCUUAAUUAUUUGGGGUAAUAAGUUUACCACCAAGGUCCUUGAAUUACAGCCCUUCACCGCUUCUUGAUUUGGACUGUGUUUUCAUUCUUUCCAAACUUCAUCAAGCAAUUUUAGGCCCUGUCAGCCCCUACUGCCCCCAACUUUCCCUAUAGCCAGUCCCCCUGUCACAGUCAUUCUGUCACCUUCCUGUUUACCAAAGGUACCUUUCUGGUAGAUGUGCUAAGGGUGUGAAAGCAGGGUUGGCCAAUCCCAUUUCACCACCUGAGGUGAAAUGGGAAAGUUCUGCUUUCCCACCACUGCUGCCGAAACCUUGCUUACUGGGGUCUCACAUCAUUAUCGUCUUCUGGCGAGGUCUCAAGUGGUCACAUGACACUCUUUAGAGCUUUGCAAGAUCUUUCUCGAAGCUGCUGCUGCUGCAUAACCUUGGUGAUGCCCCAUGGGAUUCCUCUGCCUGAGGUGACUGCUUCAGUCUACCUCAUAGACAGGCGAGACCUGUGUGAAAGAGAUGACUACUCCUUGGGCCUCAAACAAGAGAUGUUCAACUUGAAGACUCCUGGGAAUGGUAGUUUAUCGAGGUCUCCAUGUUCAAGGUCCCAGUAGUCCUGGCAUCUUACAUUUCCUAUUAUGUUUGAGCCACUAACUGAACUACAGUGGUACCUCUGGUUAAGAACUUAAUUCGUUCCAGAGGUCCGUUCUUAACCUGAAACUUUUCUUAACCUGAAGCACCACUUUAGCUAAUGGGGCCUCCUGCUGCUGCCGCACCGCUGCCGCACGAUUUCUGUUCUCAUCCUGAAGCAAAGUUCUUAACCCGAGGUACUAUUUCUGGGUUAGCAGAGUCUGUAACCUGAAGCAUAUGUAACCCAAGGUACCACUGUAUAAGGCUUUCAGAUUUAAGCAACCUUCUCCUAUGCAGCCCUUUGUUGCUGCUGCUUUGAUCGCAAAAAGCUCAAUCCAUGAGAGGGGGAAAGGGCCUUGGUGAGGACAGCUCAGAACAAGCCAAAAUUAUUCAUGAGCUGAACUGCAAUUCAGAAUGAUUUGGGUUCAUGCCCUUAAUUUCCAAGCUGUGGGGGGUCAUUUCUGAAUCACCCUCCUUCCGAAAAUCUGCAAUGUCAUACCAUGAACUGUUUGCCUCCAGUCUCAAACAACUGGUCCCCAAGAUGGGAAGGUGUGUCUUCAUGUGCAUCAUAUAGUGCAUGCAGCCAGGUCAAGGGUGUCUGGAUAAGCACUGGAAUGAACUUUUAUAUAAACACUGACCAACAUGCCAAUAUAAAUGCCUUUCCUGCAUGUACAUAGACCUCUUAUCAUUUUGAACUGGACAGAUGAUGGCUGGAGGAACUUCUAUCACUUUUUCUUCCAAGCACCAGUCAUGCAUACUUAAUAUGGACCAUUUUUGGCCGUUUUCAAAACAUGCCUUCCUCAACCAUUUACUUAUUAAAAGGUUAGCAUUUGCACUCAUUCAUUAUGCAUGGCUUUUCCAUAAAAAAUGACAGCGCCAUCACACUUUAAAGCCCCAGAAAGGUCACAGUCCAGGUUUUCCCAGCUGAAUCAUCUGACUGGCACUCAAACUAAUUGCCAGAACUAAAUAACCAUUUUUACGUGACCCCCCUUCAGAAGAUUAUUGUCAUUGUUUGUCUAAAUAUUGAUCAGCUUUUCCACUCUAGUGUUGAGUUACCAGAGAUGCCUCCCUCUUAUCACAAAUGCAAAUGCUCCAAAACGACCAGCUGCUUUGACAUUCUUGGCCUAGAGUGUCAUCAUGCCAUCUUGCAAACAUUGCUAAUGCCUAUUUGUGGUUUCGUGACUGCCACACAAUAGUCUCACUAUUGCUGUGUGAUGCAGUCCUUCAGGCUCAGCAUUGAUGUUUCAUGGUUUAAGCAGAGAAAUCCACAGAAUUGAACAUAGCCAGAAAAACACACUCCACAAAUUGUGCUUCUUGUGCAAUGCAUUCAUUAUUCACUAAUAUAAUCACUGAAAUGACAUAUUGAUAAUUGAUUUUAGCUAGGCUUCAUGUGGCUAAUUCCAGGAGAGCAAGGAGGGUUUUAGUUUGUGUUUCUUGAACAGUACUACCCAAUGCAACAUUGGCCACCUUGUACUUUUUGCCUAUUGAUGGGCAAAAUCUCCUUUGCUUAAUUUGGAACCAACUGGUACUGAGAAGCUUUUAAUGAGGCUUUCAUUCUUUUCCAACAGUGUGGAGCACAGCUGUAUAGCUACUAGCCAGAGGAAAGACCCCAAGAGGGAAUAUAGAAGAAAUAUACUAGAAGAUUAUAAGCCAGUAUAUUUUCUCCAGGUUUGGAAUGUUGUUGCAUGCACUCUUAAAGUACCAUGUACAUGACCAUAUUGCUCCCUGGGAGUCACUUUUUAGUUUAAACUGCCCCGUGCCAGCCAUAGCUGAGAGUCUCCUGGAAAUCCAUCCAGCAAUAUUCAGACACAUACAGAAAAAUAAAUCGAAGAACAGUCGACAUUUCUUGCCAGAUUCCAAGCAAUUUCUGUAGUUCUUUAUGUAUACUUGCAGCAUCAUGGUCAUAUCAUACCAGUCCUUGUAUUUUUGUAGGAUUGCCCUUUGCUGUUUGACAUCUGAAUCCAGGAAAAUGGGUAUCACUGAAUAUUUCCCUCUCUCAUAACAAAAUGAGCCCAACAUCAACACAUAUAGGUUUCAGGGGUUGGUUUUGUGAUAGGGAAAUUUAAUAAACACAAUCCAAAAUGGCAAGGUGCCAAAUUUUAUUCUAGCAUUUCAUACCCUCCAACAUUCCUCAGAUGAAAGUAGGGACAUUUCUCACUCCCCUCCCCACACAACUGACCCCACCAGUUUUUGUCACCCCCCCAGCAUUUCCUAUCAGAAGGCUGAGUGCCACCACCACUACAGCAAUGGGACACAGCAUACACACCCUCCACCGUCCCUUAAUCCCAAUUUUAUUUUUUAUUCUUUUCUGACAAAAAGAAAAACACAACAAAUCGGCAUGGGUAGACAUGGAUGCACAAAGCAUUUUAAAACAAGCAAGCAAGCAAGUAAACAAACAAACAAACAACCAACUCCAAGACUCCUUGCACUCUGCUCUGCUCCAUCUUGCUUCUCAUCCAGGGCGGCCCUGCCAUCUACCUGGCCCUCAGAAUCAGUGUAUCCACAGGGCCUCGGCAGCUGGGCCUUGGCAGCUGCAGCCUUCCUUACUCCUUGCCCACUCUCCAGCAGCCACUACAAGCUGCCCAAGGGAGGAGGCCCACAUCACCGGCCAUGGAGAGGCUCCCUCACAGCCACAGCUGCCGCCGCCACCAGCUCUCAGGACAAGCACUGGCUCACACUCCUCUCUGAGCUUAGCAGCGGUGGCUCUGGAAGAGGAAAUAGGUACACUGUGAGAUCAAAUUAGAAGCUGGGAUGGCUUUCAUAGUACCAGGACUGUCCCUGGGAAAUUGGGACACUUGGAGAGUAUGGCAUUUUAGGACCUAUUUAUCAUAGAAAGCUUGGAGACCACACCAGCCAGGAAGUUGGACAGAAAUUUCAUUGUCUCUUUUAAACAGGAACAGCUACAGGAAACCCCUGAUUCCACCAAGAUACAGCAAAUUCCAGCGCCAUCUAAGCCCUCUGCAGGACAUUACAAUGCAGCGUUCAGGAGGGGAAUGGGAAACCAGGUGGAGGCAAUGUGCUAUCUCUGCUCCUCUCCCCCCAUAAUUCCUAUUAUCCUCAACUUGUGGAGGGUGACUUUGGAAGGUCCCUGCACAUUUUAGAACUCUGAUUUUCCAUUGUUCUCAAAAGCAUAGGGAGCCUCCACAGAUACUGGAGGCUGCCCCCUGCAGUCAGCUCCCCACUUCCAAGUUAAAGGUAAUGGGUACAAUGACAGAGAGGUGUCAGAGCUUGCAUGCUCAUCCCCACUGCACUCCUCAUGUGUUUUCUGACCAACCGGCAUAAUGGCACUUUCCACACACCCUUCCUGAACCUCUUUACUUCUUUUUUUCUGAAUUAAGGAAGGGAAACUUGCGGAAGGACUUGAAAGGAGUGAAGCUUUGCAGCUGAUACAACAAAGAGCUGAUCCAGUGAUUAAGGACAAGAAAAGAGACUUAAUGAUCCUUGUUUUUAACCCCAAGACUGCUUGAAAGUUCACCAGGAAAUGGCUAGAGAACUCAGAGAGGCUUGUAAAACAUCCAAAACAUUGGUGGCUUUAAUUGCUUCGUUAUUGAUUGAGAUAACAUUUAGGAAAGCGCUGUGGGGAAUGAAUCGCCUUAAGGAAGGUGUAAUAGCUCAGAGCUGGCAUUGUUGCUUGCAACUAAUAAUAUAGGCAAGACUAAGUCUGUGCAAAUCUCUCAUCAUUUUACAGGCAACAUUUUAAUACCCAACUGACAAAGUACAGUCAUGGAAUUAAUAGAAAGAGCCCAAAAUUUAAUCCGACUCCAUGUCGUAAGGGCUCUUCCAUAAUAAAACUUGUUUAUUCAGUUUUCAUUCUGAUUCACUUGCACAAAGCUUGCACCACUCUGUGAGGUCUUUAUUGAGCAUUGCUUCUCAUUGGUUUAUGGGCCGGUUGUACAACAACAAGCAUUUACCCUGCACUCAUUCUGAUUUGCUUGUUGGGUGUUUACCUGUCAUUUCGGUGUAUUUCACCAUCACUUUCCUAACCACAAAAGUCUGGGUCUUUUAGACUGGAUUUGUCGUGCUAUGAUGACAAAGCACAUUACUCUACUUGAAUUUCAUAAACCUAAAGUCUGAAUCCCUCCUGCAAAAUAACGACAGUCUGGAGGUCAAUAAUAAUAAUAAUAAAUUUAAUUUAUACCCUGCCCUCCUCAGCCAAGACCGGGCUCAGGGCGGCUAACAACCAAUAAUAAAACAAGUUGAUUGAAAUACAACUUAAAAAACAAGAUUAAAAUACAACAUUAAAACAUUAAAAUGCAGCCUCAUCAUAGGAGGAAAAAGGAAAAAAGAAAGAGAGGGGGGAAUCAAAUUGAUUCCAAGCCAAAGGCCAGGCAGAACAACUCUGUCUUACAGGCCGUGCGGAAAGAAAUCAGAUCCUACAGGGCUCUGGUCUCAUGAAACAGAGCGUUUCACCAGGCCAGAGCCAGUGUUGAAAGGCAAGAACAUCAAUUCACUAAUCAACACAAAAUGGCCCCUGCAGAUCACUGUGCUCCUUAAGCAGAUAGAAGGGGUUUGAAGAGCUGUGUUAAAAGGGGGAAAUGGCUUGGGAUUCCUUAUACCAAGGAUGAUAAUCCUGUGGCCCUUGUGAUGUUGUGAGG